AUGUCCAACCCUACUCCCCUCCAGGCAACCUGCCUCUGCCGCACCAACACCAUUCAGAUCCCCACAACCCUCCCCCUAACCGCCCAUGUCUGCCACUGUACCACAUGUCGUACUUCUCACGGUACUCUCUUCGCCAUGCACACCGAUCUCGAGGUCCUCCCAUUUUCCGAAUCCUCCCCACCUUCAACCUUCCGAGUCUACCAAUCCUCCCAGGACUCCGGCAAGGCAUACUUUUGCGGCACCUGUGGAACGUACAUGUUCGCUUCCUACUUUUACAUGCGAGAAGGUGCACGCCAUGAAGGUUUCUGUGUAAGCACCGGGUGCGUCUCACUCUCGGAUUCCUAUAAAUCCGAAAACCCAACUACCAAACUCGAGGAUGUGCUCUCUGUCGAUUUCCAUUGUAUUAUCAAGGAUACCAUUGACGGUGGUGCGUCGCCAUGGGCUGGUGAUUGGAGUAAGGAAACGCAAGUUCAAUUUCAUGGAAACUGGGAAGAACCGCCAAUGCCUUCCCAAGAAGACGCAGAGGAGCUUGGUAGGAAAUACGUAUACCCUGCUGGACGUAAAGAGUUGGAUGGGUGGUGUAGGUGUAAGAAUGUGAAAGUUAGGAUUACAAGAGAAGACACAACAAAGAAGUAUAAGACAGGUGUUUGCGCGUGCGAUAGCUGUAGGCUUGCUACAGGAACGGAUGUAGCGACUUAUACUUGGGUACCAAGGGACAACGCGUUCUUUGUUACAAAGUCGGAGAACGGGGAAGAGCAGAUACAGGAGUGGCCGACGAUAUGGGAUGAUGCUACAAAAGCGAAGUUUGGAAAUAUGAUUGUUUUUGAGUCGACACCAGGGAAAGUUGUGUGGGGCGCCUGCGGCACUUGUGGUGCUAGGAUCUUUUAUCAGAGAUACGGCAAGACUUUUAAUAACGGGAAAGAUCUUGUAGAGCCUCUGACUGCCCUCUUUGGAGCGGAUGAUACGCAAGGUAUCAUGCAUCUGGACUUCUUGGAUUGGGCGGUUUCCGAGGAUGGGAUUUAUUGGGCUGAGGAAGCAGAAAAGGCGGGUAGGGCUGGGAUAAUGACUAGGAAUGUGAAUUUAAUGUAUCAAAAGUGGGUUAAGGGAUUACAGAGUCGUGCUUGA